GCCCUCGAGCCCACCAGGAAGGAAAGAGAGCUGCAUCUCCCUCCAGGAACCCAGCUAUGAACUCCCUCUCCACAAGCACCUUCAGUCCAGUUGCCUUCUCCCUGGGGCUACUCCUGGUGACGGCUACUGCUUUCCCUACGCCAGUUCCCCGGGGAGAAGAUUCCAAAGAUGACACCACCUCAAACAGACCACCACUCACCUCUACAAACCAAAGUGAAAACCUCAUUAAGUCCAUCUUCUACGAAAUCUCUGAAGUGAGAGAGAAGAUGUGUGGCAACGAUGACACAUGUAAAAACAGCAGGGAGGCACUGACAGAAGACAACCUGAACCUUCCAAAAAUGUCAGAAAAAGAUGGAUGCUUCCAGUCUGGGUUCAAUCAGGAGACUUGCCUGAUGAGAAUCACCACCGGUCUUCUGGAGUUUCAGAUAUACCUGGAGUACCUCCAGAACAAGUUUGAGGAGAACGCCAAGGCAAUGCAGAUGAGAACCAAAGCCCUGGUCCUGAUCCUGAAGCAAAGGGUAAAGAAUCCAGAUGAAGUAACCACCCCUGACCCAAUCACAAACUCCAGCCUGCUGGCUAAGAUGCGGUCGCAGAGCGAGUGGCUGGAAAACACCACAACUCACCUCAUCCUGCGAAGCCUUGAGGAUUUCCUGCAGUUCACCCAGAGGGCUGUGCGCAUAAUGUAGCCUGGGCGUCUAAGAGCCUUGUGUUUUACGGACAUUCCUUCCUCUGGCCAGAAACCUGUCCACUGGGCACAUGACUUAUAUUGUUCUCUAUGAAGAACUAGAAGUAUGAGCGUUAGGACACUAUUUUAAUUAUUUUUAACUUAUUGAUAUUUAAAUUUGUGAUAUUGAGUUAAUUUAUAUAAGUGAUAUUUAUAUUUUUAUGAAGUGCCACUUGAAAUAUUUUAUGUAUUCGUUUUGGGGAAAAAAAAAAACAUAAAAUGGCUUUACAGCUUAAAUAUCCUCAUUUCAGAGCCAGGUCAUUUCUUGGAAUGUGUAGGCUUACCUCAAAUAAAUUGCUAACUUAUACAUAUUCUUAAAAGAUAUUUAUAUUGUAUUUAUAUAAUGUUUAAAUACCAGUAAAUGCCUUUUUAAAAAAAAAA